AUGAACGAGAUGACAUCCGGGCGCAUUCAAGAUGGUUAUCCUGGACUUGCAAGACUGGUGGGACAAGAUCUGGAUGCAGAUGGAGGGUCAGGGAUGUUCAAGCAGUUCGCAGAGCUCAACAUGCGCAACCUGCUGUACAUGCAGGCUGAACUUCUGUGUCUAGAGCAAGAACUCGAGGCUAUCACAUACGCUGAUGAGAAUGGAAAUGACCCAACCACGAAGAAAUUUGCCAGAAACGUAGGGGAGAUGAGGAAAGCGUCCAACAGCUCGCAGUGGGACAAGAUCCUUGAGAUCAGAAAGAAGCUAAGGCAGUACAGUAUAAUCUGA